CAGCGUGGUGUUGCUGCAAGUCGUAGUGCCGCUGAACUCAUCUCUGUUACUGUUUCACGAUCCAGUCCACCAUUUGCUUUUCAUUUCACCGUUUCUGCUGUCACUCUUUCGUGACCAAAAAAAAAAAAAAGAAGUAACAUGGCUGGCUCGCCGGUGAAAGCCGCAAUUCAGGAGCUGUUGUACAGUUUGCUUUCACUCAACUUCUUUCGAACAAAUAAAUUCAGAAUUGGAUUGCUAGAAGAUUUAAGGAUUGUGCUGCAGUAUCUUACUGUGAUGGUCGAUGAAGCUGAGGAGAAGCAGAACAAAAACCCAGUUGUUAAACUGUGGCUGGACGAGCUUCAAGAUGUUGUCUACCACACAGAGGAUCUCGUGGAUGAGAUGUGCACUGAAAGUUUAAGACACAAGUUGGAUGCUGAGUCUCAGACCAAGUCAUCUAGUCUGGAAUGGAAUAUAAAGGUGAUAAAAAAGAUGGAGGAGAUUCUUGACAGGUUAGAAUUCUUUAUGGAGCAAGGAGAUGUACUUGGUUUGAAGGGAUUAGGAAUAAUAUCUGAUCCACAAAAGCGUUUUAGCAUGCCCAUAACUUCAUUUUUUUUGGUAGAUGAUCGUGAAGUGUUCUGUAGAGAUGCUGAUAAAGAUGCUAUUAUUAGUCUUUUGCUGUCUGAUGAUGUACAGAGUGAACACUUGUCUGUGAUUCCGAUAGUGGGCGAGGUUGGGGUUGGUAAGUCCACUCUUGCUCGGCUCGUUUACAAUAAUUGCAGAGUAAGUCAGCAUUUUGAGAUCAAGGCUUGGUACCCCGUUAAUCAUGAGAUGACAAAAGCAGUUUCUGAGUCGUUUAGUUUGCAGUCUUUGCAAGAGAGCCUUAAGGGAAAGAGAUUUCUUCUUGUUUUGGAUGAUGUGGGGAGUUUUAACUAUGCAGACUGGGAAUCCUUACAAUCUACUUUGAAAGGUGUUGCAAAUGGAAGUUGUGUUAUUGUAACUACACGCGAUUCAGAAGUUGCAUCCAAGAUUAGCACUGUAUGUACUUAUCAUAUAGAGUCAUUGUCAAAUGAACAAAGUUGGUUGAUGUUCACAAAAUUUGCUUUAGGAGACCAAAUGCUAAGUUCAUGUCCCGAAGUAGAAACCAUUGGCAGACAAAUUGUGCAGGAUUUUUUGGGCCUGCCAUUUGCAGUAAAAGCACUUGGGCUUCUCUUGCGCUCUAAGCCACAAGUUGAGGAGUGGAGAGUUGUAUUGGACCGCCUAAAGCAUUUUUCUUUACCUAGAGGAAUGAGUGGAGAUGGAAUUGAAUUAAGAAAGCGCUAUGAUGAACUUCCUGCACAGUUAAAGCGAUGCUUUGCAUAUUGUUCAAUAUUUCCCAAGGGUUAUGAAUUUGAGAAAGAGAAGUUGGUUCUUUUAUGGAUGGCAGAAGGUCUUCUGCAAAAUCGUGGAAAGGAAGAUGAUGGUAACAAGUGCUUUGAUGAAUUGUUAUCGGAGUCUUUUUUUCAACAAUCAAGUGCCAAUAAUUCACGUUUUCUGAUGCAUGAUCUUGUGGAUGAUUUGGCUGCUCAUCUGUCUUGGAAACAUUUUUUCAGAUUGGAGGAUAAUAAUUUGUCUCAUAUCUCUGUAAGUACCCUGUAUUUAUCUCUUUGUAGAGGCAAAUAUGAUUCCUCAGUGAUAUUUAAAAGUAUUGAUAAAGCCAAGUUUUUAAGGACAUUCUUGCCAUUAGAUCAUGAAUCAUGUCGAUUAAGUAGUAAUGAACUGCAGAAUAUGUUGUGCAAACUGCAAUUCCUACGUGUGCUUUCUUUAUCUCAUUAUCAUAUCACUGAGCUACCUGCUUCAAUAGGCAAUUUGAAACAUUUACGGUACAUUGAUCUCUCUCACACUGGAAUUAAGUCGUUACCUGAAUCAGUUUGUGCUCUAUGCAAUUUACAAACAUUCAUAUUGUCAAGUUGUCAUUCUCUCACCAAAUUGCCAGAAAACAUGUGGAGGCUUGUUAACUUGCGUCAUCUUGAUAUUAGUGGAACUGACAUAGAUGAGAUGCCAAAAAACUUGAGUAGAUUGAAAAAACUUCUAACACUGCCUUACUUUGUUGUGGGCAAAAGAAGUGGCUCAAUGCUUAAAGAGUUGGGAGGUCUUCGGGAUCUUCAUGGGACGCUUCACAUUUCAAAGUUGCAGAAUGUAGUCUCUGAAAAUGAUCCAGCUGGCGCCCGUUUGUUUACCAAGAAAUACCUUGAUGAGCUAGUGUUGGAAUGGAGUAACAACACUGUUGGUCAGGAAAAUGUGCUUGAAGCGCUACAGCCUAAUAGUAAACUGAAGAAGCUCAGCAUUAAUUUUUACUGUGGUACAAGAUUUCCAAAUUGGGUGGGGCAUAUGCUAUUCUCUGGCAUGGUUUCCCUACGUCUCAGCAACUGCAACAAUUGCUCAUCCUUGCCACCACUUGGACAGCUACCAUCGCUUGAAGUCCUCAUUAUUGAAUGGAUGGAUGCAGUGAAAAGCGUGGGUCCUGAAUUCUGUGGGAUGGAUAAGCCAUUUAAGUCUUUGAAGACUCUAACAUUUGAGGGGAUGUUGGAAUGGGAAGAAUGGGUUUCAUUUGAAGUUGGAGGUGGAGAAUUCCCUAGCUUAAUUGAGCUUUGUAUAAGGAGAUGCCCCAAGCUGAAGGGAAACUUACCCAAGCAACUUUCUUCUGUAGUAAAAGUUGAGAUUUCUGAAUCUCAGGAACUUGUGACUACAAUUAUGACAGAGGCAUCAUUACACAAAAGGACUUUACAUUAUCAGGACAAGGUUCUGCUCAUAAGUGAAGAUAAAGUUGCCUCAUUCUUGGAGCAAAUGACUAUCUUUACAUAUAAAGGUGCCACAGAAUCCUCAUUGCCCAUGACUACUCCAAAUAUUAGGGAUGAAGCUGAUGUUCCAACCAACAACUGGUCCAACCAAGGUAGACAGCAAGGCCUCUUAUCUUUUAAAAGUGUAAAAGUUUCUGGAAUAUCACAACUGAUGGGAGUUACUGGGUUAGACAGCCUCAAAAUUGAAGGAUGCGAUGCUCUGGAGUUCAUACCUGUAGAAGUGAUGACCAGAAACCCUUUUCUCCAACAUUUAUAUAUCAUUAAUUGCUGUUCUCUCAAGUCCUUUCCUGGGGGCCAUCCACUCACUGCCUUGAAGAUGCUUUAUAUCCAGAACUGCAAGAAAUUAGAGUUCCAGCUAAGUGCAAAGAGCACACACCAGUUUGCACUUCUUGAACAUUUGUGCAUAGGGAGUAGCUGUGAUUCUCUGAUAUUCCUCCCAUUAGACUUCUUUCUGGAGCUUAGAUUUCUUUCUAUCUGGGAUUGUGCAAAUCUGCAAUCCCUUUCAAUGCCAGAGGGAAUUGAGAAAGAUCUCACAUAUCUUGAGGCCUUGGAGAUCAGGGAUUGUCCUAAUCUGGUAUCCUUUCCAAAAGGAGGAUUGCGUGCCCCCAACCUGACAACCAUUUGGUUCUCCAAUUGCAAGAAUCUCAAGGAACUACCUGAUCAGUUCCACUCCCUCAACUCUCUCCAUUCAAUGUUUAUAAAUAAUUGCCCACAACUUGUAUCACUUUCAGGAUGGGGUUUGCCUUCCAAACUAAGUGUACUCUGUAUCACUUUUUGUGACAAACUCAUGCUUGGGAGGGAGUGGGGGUUGCAUAGGCUUGACUGUCUUAGUCGGUUAGAGAUUGAAGGUGGAUGUGAAAACAUAGUGUCAUUUCCAGAGGAGGAGUUACUGCCUAGCAAUCUCAAUUCUCUACGCAUCAGUGAACUUCUGAAUCUUGAAUAUCUGAACUACAAGGGGCUUCAACACCUUACUGCCCUUAAAACACUGGAAAUUAGCUGCUGUAACAAACUCAAGUCCUUGCCAGAAGAGGGACUUCCAUCCUCCCUGUCUUUUCUCUGCAUCAAUGAAUGCUCUUUGCUGAAACCAAAGCUUCAAAAUAAGAGGAAAAGAUUUGUCUCUUUCAUAGAGGCCGAUGAGGAAGUAAUCUCAUGAGCAAGUCUAGAAGAGCCCUUGUUUGAAGCAAUGAAAAUGCAAUUCAGAGAGGCCAACUUUGAAGACUUCUUGUGCCACCAGCAAUUGCUCAAGUUUCUACAUGUGUUCUUCUGCAGUUAUUCAUUUUUGCCUCCUACUUCAUGUUUUUGGUGCGUAUAUUUUGCCUUUGUGAUCAAUCAAUAGUAUCAAUAGUUUUUGCGGGUUUCCAUUUCCAUUUUGUUGAAGAAUUUAGCAUUGCUUCUAGGGAUUGAGAGGCUUCUCAUCAAAGUGUUCUUCUUAUAUGAGGGAGUUAUAUGGUUAGAAGAAGGCUCUUCAAAGAGUAUGGACUGGAUUUCUUUGAAAAAAUAUUUUGUAUAUUUUGGGUUUAGUGUAUAUAACUUAUAUGUGGCUUGAGUCUUUUUUUUUUUUUUGGUGUGUGAGUCAUUGUAUGUAAUGAGGUCUUGGAAUUGGAACUUGAGGUCUUCAUGAAAUUUUUUUUUUUUUAUUGAGAUUUAGAGUCAAAGGUGGGUGUGAUCACAUAUAAGUUGAUUUGAGCUUUUGAGGGUUUGUGAGUCUGUUUUAUAAGAGUGGGUUGAGUGUUUGUAAAUCAUAUUUAUAAUGGUGGAUAUCAACAUGUCUAAGUCCAGUAAAUUCUGUUGAGUUUAUCUACUUCCCAAAAGAAAAGUAGUCUCAGCUCAUCUCUUCAGCUCUCAUAGUCAUACUCAAGCAUAUAUGGUAGAGUAGAUUAACAUCCUAAUUUCACUGUGUGUGAAGGUUCAGCCGGUUUCCUUAAUUCCUUCUAAUAAAUAUCUUUUGAAGUGGGUAUUAUGUUUUCUGAGCUGCGAACUGCAGGUUCUGUUGCUCUUCUGUAAGACAUUAUUGUUCCAGUUCUCAAAUUUGUUGAAGCUGACAUAUAGAAUAGAUUUUUAGCUUGUUUUCUAAGUUCAGUGGCAAGCAUGUGUAAAAAUGUUAAGAAAGUCCCAAGUCCAUGAAAUUGAUGCUGACAUAUGCUAAUCUCUGAAAGUGUGAAAUUUUUUGUAAUUAUUAGACUUGAUGAUUGUCUUAGGCAGUGUAUUUGGAUGAGUA